AUGCCCCAGCGAGAGCACAUGCUCAUCUACAUCAGCUGGCCGCCUGGUACCCCUAUCGCUGAGAGCAAACAAAGCCCGUUCAGCAAAGUUGCGACUCACCUCAGUGGUGGAACGACCAAUCCCUUAGCCAGUCUGUCGUGUUCUUGUGUUUGUCGUCAGGUGGAGGCUGAGGGGGAGUUGCUGGGGUUGUUCUGUGGGCGGGAUCAGACGGACACGGAGGCGGUUCCAGAUCAGCAGGUCAUCACCUCCCCGACAAACUCGCUCAGUGUCGUCUUUACCUCCGACUUCUCCAAUGAGGAGCGACACUCUGGCUUCAUGGCUCAUUACAGGGCAGUGGAUGUGGACGAGUGCAGCGAGCGCAGUGACGAGGAUCUGAUCUGUGACCAUUUUUGUCACAACUACAUUGGGGGAUACUACUGCUCCUGUCGCUAUGGUUACAUGCUGCACACCGACAACCGCACCUGCAAAGUGGAGUGUAGUGAUGUUGUGUUCAGGGAACGUUCUGGAAUUUUGAGCAGCGUAGAUUUUCCUGCUCCAUAUCCAAAGAGCUCUGAGUGUUUGUAUCGUAUUGAGGUGGAGCCUGGAUUCAAGCUCCGCCUCCAGUUUGACCCCAGCUUUGAUGUAGAGGAUCAUCCCGACGUCCGCUGCCCGUACGACUACGUCAAGAUCACAGCAGGAAGUACACAGUUCGGUCCGUUCUGUGGAUCUUUGUCUCCAGGAAUUAUUCAGACUGACGGCAACAUCGUCAUCGUUAUUUUUCACAGCGACAACUCUGGAGAAAACCUGGGCUGGAAGAUGACGUACACUGCCACAGGAAGUCAGUGUCCAGUCCCCGAGAUCCCGUCCAACGCUGUGAUGAAUCCCGUCCAAUCAGAAUACUUCUUCAAAGACCACGUCCUGUUCACCUGUUCACCUGGAUACAAACUGAUGAAGGACGGUGACAUUCUGGACAAUUUUCAGGUCGACUGUGGAUCUGACGGAACGUGGAGCAGUCGUCCUCCUCAAUGUCAAAUGGUGGAUUGUGGGAAUCCCAAAGCGGUCGAAAUGGCUGACGUGGUAUUUGGUAACCGUGACAACAGCACACUGUUUGGUUCAACUGUCCAUUACGUCUGUAGAGGGGACACAUUUCACCUGAACACCAGCAACACUUCUUACAGCUGUGGACACAAUGGACAAUGGACAAAUCCAGAAUCAGGAUCCAAACUGCCAAGCUGUCUCGCAGCCUGUGGCCGGCCGUUCCGUGCUCUGCCCCCUCAUGUGAAGCGGAUUGUCGGGGGGCGUCGUGCGGAGCCCGGCCUCUUCCCCUGGCAUGUCCUACUCAGCGUGGAGGAUCUGUCCCGGGUCCCUGAGGACCGCUGGUUUGGCUCUGGGGCCCUUCUCUCCGACUCCUGGGUCCUGACAGCAGCUCAUGUCCUGAGGUCUCAGAGGAGGGACACCAGUGUCGUCCCUGUGGCGCCUGAACAUGUCAAGGUCUUCCUCGGUCUCCAUGAUGCCCGGGACAAACGUCUGGCCUCUAAUCGCUCAGUGAAGCAGAUUGUCCUUCAUCCAGACUUCCAACCCAACAACUACAACAACGACAUCGCUCUGUUGAAGCUGACGAGCCGAGUGGAGCUUAACGACGUCAUCCGUCCAAUCUGUCUCCCACCUCCUCAUAAUAAGGACGACCCCUCCUCACCUGUUCCGAACUCUCUGGGGAUCGUCGCCGGGUGGGGGAUCUCCAUUCCCAACGCCUCCUCCUCAUCCUUAGGUGACCCCCCCUCGCUGACCUCUGACCUCCUUCAGUACGUGAAGCUGCCAGUCGUCUCUCACGACGAGUGUCAGGCCAGUUACGCUUCGCGGUCCGUCAGCUACAACAUCACGGAGAACAUGUUCUGUGCCGGGUUCUUUGAGGGUGGGAGGGACACCUGCCUGGGGGACAGUGGGGGGGCCUUUGUGAUGGAGGAUGAGGUCAGCCGGAGGUGGAUGGCAUUGGGGUUGGUGUCCUGGGGGGGGCCGGAGGAGUGUGGGAGUCAGAGGGUGUACGGAGUUUACACCCGAGUGACCAAAUAUGUGGAGUGGAUACAGCACCACCUGCAGGCUGCCCCCUGGUGGUGAGACAGAUAUCAGGGCUGCAGCUGCAACUUAAUGAGGACAUAGUGGGACUGACAACAUGUCCUCUGAUCAUCUGUCCACCUACUGCAGAAAACGUCUCCAUGUCUUUUUCAUAUUCUCGUCUUUGACCUUUAUGAAAAAGCUGAAGCUAGCUGUUAGCAGUUAGCUCAUGACGAAGCUAAUAUUAAUCACGUUGCACAAGUUUCCUCGACUGAACAACUGGAACAUUCACCUUCAUACAGAUGUUGUUGUGGAGACAGUGUCUAUGAAAAUACCAUAACAGAUGUGCCAUGUGAACAUGUAACUGACCACACGCACACACGUGUGACCACUCUGACAUCUUUCUGAGAAAACAAACACGCCAACGCCACCAGCAGAGUGGGAGGAGUCAUCACACACGUUAAAUGUUUCAGUAGCUCAGUCAGAAAAUCUCACUCAUCAUCAUCAAUAAAAGUUUUUCUGUCAGGAGACAGUCGGAAUGAAAGUAUAAUUUACAUAUAUGUAGUAAUACAUAUUUCUUUUACUCCAUAUACAAUUUCUAUCGCCAUGUUUAAUGUUCCUUCACUUAGUUUAGAUUUUACCCAGAAUCCCUCACGUUUCACCUCUAUAGUUCUUUUUGAUCCACAUCAGAUCCUCAGAUUUAGUUUCUUUAGAGGACAAAUGUCUCAGUUACAAGUCUUUCCUCUGGCGCCAAACAGUCACAUUCAAUUCGCAGAGCAGAGAAGUUUUUAUCCUGAAGUUGUUCGCUGUGACUGUGGCUGUAACAAACUGUGCAGCCUGCAGGGGGCGACAAUAGCUCCUCAACUGUUUAAAUUGGAAAU